AAUAGUUUGAGACAUAUCUACCACACUUUCAAGAUCAUCUUUGUAGGUGGUCCUCUCCUCCAAUCACAACCAUAACAUACCAAAAUCAUUGCAAAACAUUCUUUUGCAGUAUAUACUGCACCAACUUUGUUUCAUGUUCAUCUUGGAUAGUGAUAAGUCAAAGUAGAGAGAGAGAGAGAGGUUAAAGGUGAAGAUGCAUUGUUGCUAAAAUGAGAAAUAGCAUCUGAGUUUGAUGGUUUAAGGAAAACAAGUCAUGUUUAUAUAACUUAUAUUAGUGCAAUACAUCCAAACAAGAUUGUUAGUCUGCCCCAUUCCUUCACAGCCUGUGGGAGCAUUGAAAUCAGUGAGAGAGAGAGAGAGAGAGCCGACAACUAGAGAUAAUUCCUUAUUAUCCCCCAUGUGGGAUUUCUUCUUCUUCUUCCUCUCUCUCACUCACUUCUGCAGUCUCUCUCUCCUCAUUCUCUCUCUCUAACUCAGACUCCAUCCUCGCCCGUCGCCGCUAUGUGGGAUUCGGAGAUGGAGUCCGGCGGCGGACAGGACUUCGGCGUCCUGUCCGCCACCAAAUCUGGAGUCAGAACCGAUGGCUUCGAGCAAAGAGGCCAGUCUUGGUAUGUGGCAACUGAUAUUCCUAGUGAUCUCUUAGUCCAAAUUGGAGACAUCAGUUUCCAUUUGCACAAGUAUCCGCUCCUCUCGAGGAGCGGGAAGAUAAACAGAGUGAUAUACGAGUCGCCGCGGGAAGUGGAGUCGAACAGAAUCAACCUCGACGAUCUCCCCGGAGGCGCCGAGGCCUUCGAGCUGGCGGCGAAGUUCUGCUACGGAGUCGCCGUGGAUCUCACGGCCACCAACAUCUCCGGCCUGAGAUGCGCGGCGGAGUAUCUGGAAAUGACGGAGGAUUUGGAGGAAGGCAACCUGAUCUUCAAAACCGAGGCCUUCCUCAGCUACGUCGUUUUGUCGUCGUGGAGAGACUCCAUAUUGGUGUUGAAGAGCUGCGAGAAGCUCUCGCCGUGGGCGGAGAAUCUCCAGAUCGUGCGGCGGUGCAGCGAGUCGAUCGCGUGGAAGGCCUGCUCGAACCCGAAGGGGAUCCGGUGGCAGUACACGGGGCGGUCCGUGUCGAGCCCCGGGUGGAACGAGGCGAGCAGCCCCGUUCCGCCCGACUGGUGGUUCGAGGACGUGUCGAUCCUCCGGAUCGACCACUUCGUGCGCGUGAUCACCGCGAUCAAGGUGAAGGGGAUGCGGCACGAGCUGCUCGGGGCCGCGGUCGUGCACUACGCGACGAAAUGGCUCCCUGGGUUCACAUCCAGGGAGACUGCAGCUGCUGUGGCUCCCCUGGAGGAGGGGAGCUACAGCAGCACCAGCAGCAGCAGCAGCGCUGCUGCGGCUGCCGCUGCCGCUGCUGCUGGCGGGGGCUGGAAGGGGGGGCUCCACAUGAUCGUCGCGGGCGGCGUCAAGGACGACGCGCACGCGUUGCAAGCGAAAGAGCAGAGGAUGAUCGUCGAGAGCCUCAUCAGCAUCAUCCCGCCGCACAGGGACAGUGUCCCGUGCGGCUUCCUGCUGCGGCUACUGCGGACGGCCAACAUGCUGAAGGUGGCCCCCGCGCUCGUCACGGAGCUGGAGAAGCGGGUCGGGAUGCGACUCGAACAUGCAACCUUAUCCGAUCUGCUCAUGCCGGCCUACGGCAUGAGCGAGACGAUGUACGACGUUGACCUGGUCCAGAGGCUCCUGGAGCAUUUCCUGGUCCAGGAGCAGUCGGAGGACUGCAGCCCCGGCCGGCGGCAGUCCUUUUCGGAUACCAAGAUGUACGACGGAGCUGCGGGGAGAGGGGCGAACCCGAACGCUAAAAUGAGGGUGGCGAGGCUCGUCGACGGCUAUCUGACGGAGGUGUCGAGAGAUCGGAACUUGUCCUUGACCAAGUUUCAAGUGUUGGCAGAGGCGCUGCCGGAAUCUGCUAGGAGCUGCGACGAUGGAUUGUACAGAGCCAUCGAUUCAUAUCUUAAGGCCCAUCCGACGCUGACGGAGCACGAGCGGAAGCGGCUCUGCCGCGUGAUGGACUGCCAGAAACUCUCGAUCGACGCUUGCAUGCACGCGGCGCAGAACGAGAGGCUCCCUCUGAGGGUGGUGGUGCAGGUGCUCUUCUCCGAGCAGGUGAAGAUCAGCAACGCCAUAGCCGGAAGCAGCCUGAAAGAGGGCGGCGGCGAAGCCCAGUACCAGCCGCUGAUACCCAACCGGAAAACGCUGCUGGAGGGAACGCCGCAGUCGUUUCAGGAGGGGUGGGCCGCCGCCAAGAAGGACAUCAACACCCUCAAAUUCGAGCUCGACAGCGUCAAGGCCAAGUACUUGGAGCUCCAAAACGACAUGGAAACGCUGCAGCGGCAGUUCGACAAGCUCGCGAAGCCGAAGCAGGCGUCGCCGUGGACUGCCGGCUGGAAGAAGCUCAGCAAGCUCGCCAAGGCCCACGAGCAAAACGACGUCAGCCCGCGCACGCCGGCGGCCGCCGGAGAUGUGCCCAAAAAGAUGGCUCCGAGAAGAUGGAGGAAUUCUAUUUCAUAAAAUUAUAUAUAUAGGGUUGAGAUCUAAUGAGAAUUGCACGUGAACAAAUUUAUGAAAUUCUUGAAUACGACGUGAACAAAUCAGUGUAAUACGUGCGUUUGUUCAUGUGUUAUAUUGAUUUGUUCAUGUCGGGUUCACGUGUUUCAUAGAUUUAUUCAUGAAUUCUUAUUUCUCACGAAAGAUAAUUUAUUUUCAUUGGAUCCAUUAUCUAUAUAUAUAUAUAUGUUAGCUUUGUGCAUUUUGUGUUUUUUUA